CUGAAACUCCAGAGAAGACAAGCUCAAUAUUGUUCCUUUCAAGAUUUUCAUAACAGAAAAAUAAAUCAAUAAUGUCAACAGAAUUAGUGUCAACACUAGACAUCUCAGAAGACAGAUUGGAUAAGCGAGAGAAACGCUGUAACCUUUUAGACAACCUCUCAGAACAAUUAAUUAGAAGUUGUGAUAUCCAGAUGAAGUCAAGACAAGAAAAAACAAUACAGAUGUCUCAUAACAAGGAAUUGGAACAAACACAACCCCGCAGAAAAGAUACCCCUGCUUUGCACAUGGUGCCAUUUGUACCUGAUUUUUCAGGAAGGUUAUUUAAAUCAUAUGACGCAAAUGAGAGACAAAAGAAGAGUAACACAAUGCCAUCUGCCCACAAUAAGGAGCACGAAUUAAGAAAACCUAGAAGAAAAGAUACACCUGCUUUAUACAUAUCACCUCCUCAAGCAGGUACCAAAUGCAUGAAAGGAGAAGGAAAAUCCAUUAUUCAAGAGGAUGAAGAAAAAGAUGGAUAAAACUAAAGUGGAUUGACGCAUGAGGUUUAUUCACUGAAUUGGGAAUGGCCAGUUUAGCAAGACGAGCAUUUCUCCUCUUCUAGCCUAAAAAAAAGUAUUUCCCAUUUCGAUUCUCCACAAAGCGUGGAUAGUGAACAAGACCAAUAUAGGUUUUAAUGUUGAUAGCAAUCUUCUGAAAUAGUAAGCCUUACUCUUUUGGAUAAUUAAGCACAUUAAUGGCAAAAUGUUAUGCCUGGAGUAAUACUGCCACUACACAAUGUUCAAUGUGCCACCACUACCCAAAUUCAGGAGUGUCAUAAUUACAUUAUAAUCAUAGUUGAGAUGUGCAAACAGACUUUGCUGUAACUAAGCAUGUUCUUUCUGCUCUAGUCUUUUUUUCCACUUGCACAUAUGUUUUAUCUGUACCAGUGUGAUUUGAGAAAAUUUGCUCAA